GAAUCAAUAUACGAUACUGAGGGUAAUUUGACAGUUAUCAGCUGUUAACUGUCAUUUGUUACAUUGUCUGAACAAUCUUUGUUUUCUUUUUUUUUGAAAAAAAUGGAGUAAAAUAAAAAUGAGAACAAAAUAAAAUAAUUGUUAUCAAUUGAAUGAUGAUUAUAUAAAAAAAAACGAAUGCAUUUUAUUCUCACAAGAUGGCGUUCUUUGUACGUAAAAGUGAACUCCAUUCAAAGAAAGAAUAAAAUAUGUCCGCCUUAUACGGCUCCAGUAAAACUCGGAAAUUCAGUCUAAACGUUGGGCUGUUCCGAGUAUGAAAGGAAAUUUUAAUUCAUUGUGAAACAUGUAGGAGAAAUGUGUGUUCUCUCAAAGUGAAAGAAGAAGAAAAAAAAAAUUAUCAUCUCAUUGGAAAAUUAGCCCACGUGAAAAACAAUGAGAAAAAUUGUUAUUAUUUUUUUCGCGCUGAUUUAAGGAGAAUUAUUAUUAAUUUUUUUUUUUAGUCUGAUUAAUCAAUCUUCACACAAUUUCUUCAGAAAACGAUAAAAAAAAAAAUUUACUGUUAUUUUUUCGUCUAAGAGAAAAAAAAAAGUUUUACUGUCAAAGUCGUCCAGAAUUAUUCAACCGUCAACAAUAAUCAAAGAGAGAGAGAGAGAGAGAGAUGGCUGAUGAUUCCAGUGUUCGUGUUGCUGUUCGAAUUCGACCGCAGGUGGCACGUGAAGUGAUUGAUAUGUGUAGAGUAUGUACACAAGUACCUCCAGGUGAACCCCAAGUAUUUUUGGGACCAGACAAGGCCUUUACUUAUGAUCAUGUUUUUGAUACAAAUAUUGGACAAAAUGAUAUUUAUGAUAUGUGCGUUACACGUCUUAUUGAAGGUGCUUUGGAUGGUUAUAAUGCAACCGUAUUGGCCUAUGGUCAGACUGGAUCUGGCAAAACUUAUACUAUGGGAACAGGAUUCGAUGUUGAAAUUGAUGACAGUAUUGUUGGCAUUAUUCCCAGGGCCAUUAAACAAUUAUUUGAUGGUAUUGUUGAAAAGCAGCAAUACGCCAAGAAUCGUGCACAAUUACCACCAGAAUUCAAGGUGACUGCUCAAUUUUUGGAAUUAUAUAAUGAAGAUUUAAAGGAUCUUUUGGAACCAGGUGGACCAAGAGGUGGUGCACGUAUUCAUGAGGAUACAAGUGGAAAUAUACAUUUAACAGGUGUUGAACCAAGAGUUGUUACAAGUCCCGAGCAAGCAUUAGAAUAUUUGAGAUUAGGUGCUCUCUCGCGAACAACAGGAUCAACCCAAAUGAAUACUCAAUCGUCGAGAUCGCAUGCAAUUUUUACAUUACACGUGAAACAACAAAGAUGCAUUAAAAUUGAAGAUCCAGACGCUGAUGUUGAUACAACGGGAAAUGAGCCAAUGAAUGAAUUUGAAACGCUCACUGCUAAAUUUCAUUUUGUUGAUUUAGCCGGCUCUGAAAGGCUCAAAAGAACUGGUGCUACAGGUGAUAGGGCAAAGGAAGGAAUUUCCAUUAAUUGCGGACUACUCGCUUUGGGAAAUGUAAUAUCGGCAUUGGGUGACAAAUCAAAGAAAGCACUUCACGUACCUUAUCGUGAUUCAAAACUAACGAGAUUACUUCAAGAUUCAUUGGGAGGCAAUAGUCAAACUGUAAUGAUUGCUUGUGUAUCACCGAGCGAUCGUGAUUUUAUGGAAACAUUAAGUACUCUCAAAUAUGCAAAUCGAGCGAGAAACAUAAAGAAUAAGGUGACUAUAAAUCAAGACAAGAGUUCAAGGACAAUCGCGUCACUUCGCCGCGAGAUACAGCAGCUUCAACUUGAAUUAUUAGAAUAUCGACAAGGUAAAAGAGUCGUUGGAGAAGAUGGAAUUAAUGACGCGUGGCACGAGAAUCAAAUGUUGAACAAUGAAUUACAAAGUUUACGAACGCGAGUUAAAGCUCUAACGGAAACAAUUGAGGCAUUGACUGCAAAAAAUUCACUACUCUUAGCGGAAAAAGCUGCUGGCCAUUGGCUUGCUUCCGGUGGUGGCGAUGUGACAAGUUUAGUUCAAGAAUAUCUGCAGGAAAUUGAAGAAUUACGAGCCAGAUUACUUGAAGCUGAAGCAAUGUAUCAACAAUUAAAACGAAGAAAGACGCAGAUAAAUGCAGUGAAUCCUUACAACGAUACAUCGUACGUAAUUAAUAGUGAUUCAUCAUCAGUUUUAAAUGACGCGAAACGUGAAUUACAAAAAGAAAUGGAUCUCCUAGCAACUUUAAAAGAACAACACACAUUAAAUUCAACAAUGAGCAGCAGAGAAGGUGACGAUGGUGACAAUGACGAUACUGAAAAUGGUCAAGAUUCAAUGAGCGAAGAUGAAUCCGACGAUGAUUCGGAUCGUAAAGAAAAAUAUAAUUGUCCUUUGGCAGAAGAAGACGAAGAGGAAGAGGCAAUGGGAAGGGAACUUGAGGCUUUAACAUCUGACAUUGAUGUGAAACAAAGAUUAAUUCAAGAAUUAGAAUUAUCACAAAGACGUUUACAAACAAUGAAACAACAUUACGAGGAUAAAUUGUCACAAUUGCAAGCGCGUAUUCGUAAUACACAGGACGAGAGAGAUAAGGUAUUAACAUCACUUCAACAACAACCUACACCGCAAACGGAAAAAGUGAGAAAAUUACGCGAUGAAUAUGAAAAGAAAUUAUCGUCAAUGCAAAAAGAAAUGCGUGUAUUGCAAUCGGCGAAAAAAGAACAUGCACGUUUAUUAAAAAGUCAAACACAAAAUGAAAAUCGUCUCAAGGGUUUACGUAAUGAAUUAGCUGAAAUGAAACGGGCAAAAGUGAAAUUAUUGAAUAAAAUGCGUGAAGAGGCGCAAAGACAUAAGGAAAAUGAAUUGAAACGUAAUAGGGAAAUUGCACAAUUACGUAAGGAGAGUCGUAAAAAUGCAAAUAUGAUUCGUACAUUAGAGGCUGAUAAAAGAAUGAAGGAAGUUGUUUUAAGACGAAAACAAGAAGAGGUUACAGCAUUGAGAAAAAGAGAUCGUGGUUUAAGUCAACGUGCCGCUGGUCGUACAAUUGUAAAACCAGUUAAUCCAAAAGCACUCAAGCAACGAUGGCAAACAUUGGAGAGAACAAUAACAAAACAAGCGCUCGCAAAACAGGCAGCCGUUGAAACUGAACGUGAAAUGGAAAAACUUCUUCAGGAACGCGAAGAAAUGGGAAGAGAAUUGGAGAGACUUCAAAAAUCAAAAAACAAUAUAACAUCGACGAGAGUCGAGUCCACUGAUAUUGAUGAGGAAAUCGAUAAUGUUAAGAGUAAAAUAAGUUAUCUUCAAGAUAGUAUUGCCGAAUGUCAGAGGGAUGUUGUUGAAAUGGGCGAUGGCGAUGGAGAAUUUGUUGAAGAAGUUGGCGUUGAUUCGUUAAUUGGAAAUAUAAAAUCAGUUGAGGAGGCUCAGUAUUUAUUACAAAAAAUGCUCACAUUUACCGUUGAACAAAGUUAUGUGGCUGCUCAAAAACAACUUGAAGCUAGAGAUAUGGAAUCAAGACUUAAUCAAGUUUCUCAAGAGAGUGAUGUACAACAUCAAUUGCUUGAGCAUGUUCUUCGCGAUAGGGAUUUUCUUUCAUUUACAAAUAUUCAUAAUUCCGUGCCUGCUUAUAGUCCACCAAGUUCACGUAGCUCAUCGCCCGAUACUGAAAAUUGCAAUCAAGUUAUUACUGGAGAGAAGCCAAAGAAUAAUAAAAUUCGCCGAAGAACAACGCAAACGCAGGAACUUUUAUUUGGAAUUAAUCCUGGUAAUGAGAGUCCAAAAGUUGAGGAUCAAAAUCAAAAUCACAAUCAUCCUUUAACACGAGUUCCCAGUGCUCCAGGAAGUCUCAAAGGUUUGAUUCUAACGAGAAAUCAAUAUGGAACUGGGAUAACUGGGGGUUCGCCAACUUUAAAUCGACGAGAUAGCACAUCUCCGAGACCUUUGAGGCGUCCUUUACAUCCGGGCGGAGGCUCAAUGGAGCAGGUAUCACUUCUGGAUAUUUCAUCGCCACCUGGUUCACCAACUACCUAUCGACGUUUCAAUAGUCGUGAGGAAAAUGUAUUCUCAAGAUUGACGGCAAGUCGACAGCCAGCACCAUCCGAUCCACCACCCUCCAAGGGUGUUAUUUCACAAUAUCAGGGAAAAACUGCGCCCAGAUCUAUUUUACAAUGUUCUCAUGUUGCCGAAGGACACAGUAAGGCAGUCCUAACUAUUUGUACAACCGACGAUCUUCUUUUUAGCGGUUCAAAAGAUCGAACAGUGAAAGUAUGGGACUUGGCAACUGGUCUUGAGAACAUGACACUUGGUGGACAUCCAAAUAAUGUUGUUGCUGUGAAAUAUUCAGCGAUUCAUAAUCUUUUAUUCAGCGUUUCUGCGGCUUAUGUAAAAGUUUGGGAUUUAAGAUCGGGCAAUACAUGUAUAAAGACACUAUAUUCAUCUGGACAGACGCAAAGUGGUCCAAUUCCAUUGUCAACACCAUCGCGAAUACUUCAAGUACCCGUUGGUGAAAAUACAAUAAAUGAUGUUGCAUUGGGAAUGAAGGAUCAGGAACUUUACACAGCGUCAAGUGAUAAAGUGAGAAUUUGGGAUUUAAGAAAAUUGGCCUAUACAGGAAGAUUAAGUACACCACAUACUGCUGCUGUAAUGUGUUUAGCAAUUGCCGAUGAUGGACGCGUUAUUGCCGGUAGUAAGGAUCAUUUAAUUUCCCUUGUUGAGCCAAAUAUGUCUGGACAAUCUGUCAGUCUUGCACCACCACAUUAUGAUGGUGUACAAUGUUUGGAUACUUAUGAGUCGACUCUAUUUUCCGGUUCGAGGGACAUGUGCAUAAAACGUUGGGACUUGAGUCGAAUGGAAUUGGUUCAAUCGUUGAAUAAUGCGCACAAGGAUUGGAUUUUAGGUUUGUGCAUUGUUAAUAGUGGAUCGGUAAUGGUAUCUGGUUGUCGUGGUGGUUUACUUCGUGCCUGGUCAGUACCAAAGGAUCAAGUAUCGGAAUGUUCUCUCCUGGGAGAAGUUCGUGCACACAGUACUGCAAUAAAUGCAGUUAUUGCAAAUCAACAGAAUAUUUUUACAGCUAGCAACUCUGGGGAAGUGAAGCUCUGGCGAAUUCCCGACUCCUCCUUGACUAUGUCAAUGUCCACAGUCUCCCUUUAAUUUUGUUUUUCUUUUUUAAUUUAUUUAUUAAUUGCUUUUGUUUAUUUUUUUUUCAAAAAGCAGCAUGCAAUUAUAAACACGAAUGCUUUUUAAGCACUUUUUGUGUAAAAUUGCUAUAUUAAAGAAAAAAUUCAUUAUCAGGGAAUAAAAUUUAAUGUAGUAUAAAUGUUAAUUUUUAAAUUGGUUUUUAAUUAUUUGAAAUUUUGAAAACCCUUUGAUUUAUUUUUUUAUUUUCCUUUAACUAACUUUUUAUUGUUAUGAUCUCUGCGUGAAUUUUCUCUAAUUUGUUUUCUGAUUGUUUUAUUGUUAUAUUUUUUUAUUUUGUAGCAAUUUGUUUUUUUUUGGUAACAAUUUGUUUUAUCAUUUUUUUUUUUUUUGCUGUUUAUUUUGUAACAUAUUUGAAAUUUUAAUUAUUAUUGCCUAUAUUUAAAAAAAUGUUACAAAUAUUUUUGUUUUUAUCUAGUUUUUAUAAUUUUGCUUUAGAUUCGUUGUUAUUGUGGUUUUUUUUUCAAUUUCCUUUUUUUUAUAGCUUUACCAACAUUUUGAGUUUACCUGCAAUCACGAAUUAUUUUUUCUCUCCACUUUUAAUAAUUUAUCAUUUUUUUUUUUAGUCUAAUGAAAAAUGUGGCUUUGCACAAAUUCUAUUGUUUUUUUCAGUAUUAUUUUGUGAGAUCUCAAUUUGUUUUAAUUUUCUUAGAUUAUUGUCAAAAAUAAGAUAAUGAAUAAUUUUAAAAGUAGAAAAUAAAAAUAAAUAUUAAUAACAAAAAUUUUGCAUAGACAAAUUGAAUAUUUCACAUUUAUGAAUGAAUUGUUGUCUCUUUAAAAUUGAUUCUUUUUGUAAUGUGGAAAAAAUUUUCUCUAGGGCUGUAUCUAAUUUUUUGCUUUUGUUUUUUUUUUAUAAUUUUAUGCUUUCUUUGCUUCUGUGUUAUUUACCGUCUAUUUUCAUGCAUUGUAUGAUCGCCAUGAAGUGAUGGAACGAUAAAAUUAUGGAACUACAUCAAGAGAGAUCCAAGAAAUUACCAGAGGAGCAACUCAUUGAAAUGCUAGCACGAAGAAUAUAAUUUAUUCUUUAAUUGCGAAUUAUUAGUUUAAUGGGGAUCUAAAAAAAAAAAAAGCAAUAAUAUUGAAAUUUUAUUAAAAAUUUAACUUUUAGAGUAUUUUAACAUUUUUUUCGUUCCCCAUUUAAAAAUCUUCCAAUUAAAUUUUUAUACCAGUGAAUUAAUUUUUUUUUAGAUUAUAUACUAAUUUAAGUGUCUCUUUUUUUUCUAAAAAAGAGAUAAAUUUUAUUUCUCAUCAAUUACGUUUUUUUGACGUAUAAACUCCCUUUAUAAGAAUUGUUAAAUAAUUUAGAAAAAUUUUCCAAGCUUUUACAUUUUUUUUUUUUUUUAGUCAAUUACUUGUCAGUAUUAUUUAUAAUUCCUAUAUACAAACGAUUAGUACUGAUUUUAUUGUGUGCUGUUAGUUUUUUUUUCUCUCCCAUAUUUUCUACGCUAAAAUGCAGUUUUAAUAAUAUGAUCUUUUUGAGAUUGUGUAAAUCAGAAUUUAUUUGUUCGAUAUUAUUGUUGUUUAGAAAUGUAAGGUAAAUUUUUCUAAAAAAGCGCCUAAAAAAACUCGGGGACUGUGAGUGUGUAUGUGUGUGUGUGUGUAGAUAAUAAUUAUUAAUGAAAUUUAUCAGUAUAUAUGUAGCAUUUAUUUUAUUAUGGACAUAUAAUGUUGCUAAUUACAAAAAUUUUUUAAUGAUAAA